ACGAACACUAUUCAAGCAGCGUCCAUCUCUCAUAACUACAAAAUAAGCGUCAGUUUUAAGCAAACUAUUUCAGAAUGGAGGAAACACACGAUUUCCAAUUCAUUUUACCAUUAAAAAAUAAUGAUUUGCUUAAUUCACGCGGCGAUCAGUACUAUGUACAACAGGUAUACACUACCAACGAAAUACCAGACCAAUUGCUUGCAUGUAAAAGUAAAUUACACCAGCGUGAUCCAUUUUAUAUAUUCGAACAUUUUGAUACCUAUUAUUCGGUAAUCGAAACAUCUGCAAAUGAGCCAACGGCCAUACGGAAUCUGAAGCGUGCCUUCGAUCUUCUAUAUCUUACCGUGGACAGAUUAGGGGAAGAACUGACGCCGCUGUUAAGCAGCAUUGAGCCACUGUCCACACACGAUCGUGUGCGCUAUUUAAAUUUGACUAAAAUGACCAUGUACUUGUUUGUCAAUGUCGUGAAGCGGAUUGACUUCGUUGUCCACCAGGCGAUGCGAGAUCAGCAGUUGAACCAGCAGAAAAAGCGAGCCAAGCAGGGCGAGGUAUUGGAAGAGUAUCCUGAUUGGGAUGUGAAGCGUGGCAAGUUUCUGGUGCAGCUCUAUAAUAUUCUACAAUGCCCUUUAGAGAAACUCUGGAGUCCUCCAGUUGCCGAAGAAAACUUUGUAACCAUGCUGUGUGAUAUUUGCUAUCGCACUUUGGAGUCCGUUCCUCCGCGAUCGGAUAACCGACAUAUUAUUGACACCGUUUUCCAAAUCUUUGGCAUCGCCAUCAAACGAUAUAAUCACGCCAUCACUUUUCCGGCUCGCAUACUCCAAAUACUGCGCAGCACUGAGCAUGCGGCAGUAGCCGUAGCAAAUGGCAUUUUGUUGCUGCACGAGGAAUACGGCAUCUCAACAGUCUUCUCCAUACUGAUGAAAGAUAUUGUUGAAGCUCUCACACUGGACACAGCGGAUACGGCAGUCUCGCGAAACUUUUCCAAUUUCCUGGCCGAGUUCGCCAGCAUUGCGCCCAAGCUGAUGAUACCCCAUCUAUCCCAAUUGGGCGAUGAUAUGCUCGACUGCGAGUCGCAUGUGCUGCGCAACUGUGUGCUCCAGAUAAUGGGCGAUGCUGUGGUUGGCGAGCUGACCUCUGAGGGGCUGGAGGACGAUAUGAAAGAGGCGCGCAACGAAUUUCUCGAUCAUUUGCUGGACCAUGUCAAUGAUGUUUCGGCACAUGUGCGAUCAAAGGUCCUACAGAUUUGGCAUCACCUGAAUACGCAGCACGCAAUACCGCUCUGCUUUUUGGUCAAAGUGCUGCGCGAGGCAGUCUGUCGGUUGGAGGAUAAAAGUUCAAUGGUGCGAAAGUCCGCCAUACAGCUGAUCAAGGCGUUUCUCGAAAACAACCCGUAUUCGGGAAAGUUGAAGCUUGAGGAAUUGAUGAAGAACCACGAGAAGGAAGUUAAGGUUAUGGAAGAGUUGGAUGAAGUGAUAGAGAAGGAGCGGGAGCAAUACAAAAAGAUGGACGAGGAGUGGGAUCUCAUCGCGCCCGACCUGUUGCCCAUUAUUGAGGAGAAUAUACGCUUGUUUCCAGAACUGGAGUUCAACAAGGAGGAGGAGUACGAUGAGAUAGUGAAAAAGGUUUUGGAGCUGCUGUUGCAAAAGAAUUACAAAGAUGCCACAAUACUCGUGCGUAAAGCAGACUUUGCGGCGGGCAACGAACAAUUGAAUCAGCUGCUGAAGCCAGAAGAGCGUUGUGUAUAUUUUAUGGCGCUGUUCAAAACGUUUAUCUCACUUGCCAAUGGCUGCAAGGAUAGCAGCGAGGAAAUGCAGAAGCAAAUAAAAACUGUCGAGUUUCUGAAGGACAGCAUCGAGUUCUCUCAUGUGGCGACGGCCGCGAUGCCAAAAAUUAUGGAACUGCUGCUGUCGAAGACGAACACAGAUGUGUUUGAGGCCGUGGAUCUGUUCACCACGGGCUAUCUGUUUGGCAUCCAUGGCACAGAUGCGGGCAUGCAACGGAUGCUGAGUCUGGUCUGGUCAUCCGAUAAGGAGAAGCGUGAUGCUGUUUGCAAUGCCUACCGCAAGGUGCUCUUCACCACGGAUAAGACGGAGCGCGCGCAUGCCAUUAAGGUGGUGCAGAAUCUCUCCAAGUUUCUCUCGGAAAUCGAGUAUGGACACUACACGGCCAUGGAGACGUUGAUGACCGAAUGGGUGGAGAGCGAGGACAUUGAUGCGCUCAUUAUUCAGGUGCUAUUCGAACGCUUUACGCUGAAGCUGGAGGGCACCACGAACGAUGAGUCCCGCUUGGCUCUGCAGCUGCUGAUUAUGGCCUCGCAAGCCAAGUCAACCAUAGUCUCGGCCAAUCGAGCUAUCAUAGAGGAUAUAGCGACAAGCGCUCGUGCCAAGCAGGAUCCUCGCAUCUUCACCAGCUGCUUGCAGCUCCUCGUCAAUGGCAUCGAGGCGAACAACAACACAAAGUAUUAUAAGCGUUGCGCCAGCGAUGCCAAAUUCGUGCAGCAAAUUACGCAGCUAUUUCUGAGCUUCUUCUUCCAUCCACAAUUGCCGGACUUUGAUGCCAUGGGCAUGAGCGUGUUCGAGUAUUAUUAUCGGAUGUGCCAAGCGCCCGACGAGCUGGCUCAGAAUAUUGUGCGUGAGCUAAUUGAUCGCUUUCACGAUCAGUGGCUGGUGUCAAUGUCUGCCGAGGAGCCUGUACAAACGCAAACGACGGACAUUCCACACUCCCAGCCCUUGCCCAUGUCACAGACCCAGUCGCAGCCUAAAGUUGCCGAGGAUCAACAGGUCGGGCUGCCAGUAUAUUUGGUUACACGAUUUCUGUUCUGCGUUGGCUACAUGACCAUCAAGGAGAUGAUAUUCCUGGAUAUGGAUGUGUACAACAACAUGAAGUAUCGCGAGGAGCUGACAGCGCUGGAAGAGAAAAAAAAUAAGAAGGAUGCGGGCAGCGCACUGCGACGCCAGACAAUGAACGUCUCUGCGAUGGAGGCGAGGAAGCGCUUGUCCACCGUUGCCGCAGAGCCGCAGCAGGAGCCGGAUGACGAUCUAGUGGGUGCGACGGCAGAGGAUAACAUUGCCGAGGAGAUCAAUGCCAUUUGCGAGGACAUGCUGCUAUACGAUCCGAAUGCGCUGAUGUCCAAAAUCUAUCCAAUUAUCAUCAACAUAUGCAAGCGACCUGGCGAGUAUCGAGAUCAGGAUUUGCAACAGGCUGCGACGCUGGCACUGGCGCGCCUGAUGACCGUCUCGUCCAAGUUCUGCGAGUCCAACAUGUCCUUCCUCAUGAACAUUCUGAACAUGACGAAGAACAUGAAGAUCAAGUGCAAUACAGUGGUGGGCUUAUCCGAUCUGACAUUCCGUUUCCCGAACAUUAUUGAGCCCUGGACGGGACACUUUUAUGCCCAGCUGCACGAGGAGAAUACGGAACUUCGCCUGACCGCCGUGAAGAUGCUGUCGCAUCUAAUUCUGCAUGAAAUGAUACGGGUCAAGGGGCAAAUAGCGGACUUGGCUCUGUGCAUUGUCGAUGAGAGCGACGAGAUCAAAAAUAUCACCCAGCAAUUCUUCAAGGAGAUUGCCAACAAGUCCAACAUAUUGUAUAACGUGCUGCCCGACAUCAUCUCCAAGUUGGGCGAUGUCAAUCUGCACCUGGAGGAGGACAAAUAUCGCACGGUCAUGCGCUACAUACUGGGCCUCAUUCAGAAGGAUCGUCACAUCGAGACGCUGGUGGAGAAGCUGUGUCUGCGUUUCCCCGUUACACGUGUCGAGCGCCAGUGGCGCGACAUUGCCUACUGCCUGAGUCUGCUCACCUACAAUGAGAGAUCCAUUAAGAAGCUGAUUGACAACGUGCAGCACUUCAAGGACAAGGUGCAGGUGGACGAGGUCUAUCAGUCCUUCAAGCUCAUCAUCACCAAUACCUCGAAGCUGGCCAAGCCGGAGCUGAAGGCGGUCAUCACGGAGUUCGAGACGCGGCUCAACGAGUGCCUGCAGGUCAACGAACAGGGCACGGAUGCUCCUCAGUCCGACAAGGGUCACAACGAAACGAAGGCCAAGGGCAACAAAUCGAAGAAGCCAUCAACCAAACCGCAGCGCGGACGUGGCUUAGGAAAGGGUGCAGCGGGCAGCAGCAGACGUGGACGAAACGCGCAACAAGAGAGCAGCUCCGAGGACGAUAACUCCGAGGAGGACAGCUCCGAGGAGAGCUCCGAUAGCAAUGAGGCGCCCGCAGCGCGUCGUCCGCAGUCACAGAAAAAACCACAGCAAAAGGGCAAGAAGCUAGCGCCUUCGUCCGGCUCCAGUGAAGGCUCCGAGGAGGAAGGAGCGAGACCCACGAACAAAAAGCAGUCAGCCAGGCGAGGACGCAAAUGAUAUCGUCGGAAAUUCCGACACCAAUU